AUGUCGUCCUACAUCAGCAAUCUUCUAACCCACACAACGUCGCGGUAUAACAGUCUACGGCGCACGCUCCUUUCCAGCGAAGACGACGGCGACACUGAAGACGACACCCACAUUUGCCGUGUCCUACGAGCAUACUACACCGAGAAAGGGCGAUCAUAUCCACAAUGGCUACCGCCCGAUCCAAACGACCGCAAGUCAUUGCCUCCCACGUCUUCGCAACAGUCGGGGUACUUCACAAGUGCGGGAGGAAGAAGUCAGUACGGCAGUGCACAAAAUCAGAGUCAACCUGGGCAAAGGGCGAGUCUGAGUGAUCUUUGGGAUCCGCCAUCAGCACCUCAGAACAAUACCCCCGUGCAGCCACAGAGUCUUCGAGCGUCACGACGACCCAUGAACGCUGCUGCGCCGGCAGGGACAUCCUCUCUUGCUCCACCACAAGCGCGACCACUACCCUCGCAACGGGCAGGGAGCUACCAGAGCGUAUCAUCACAACAAAGCUCGAGUCGGCCAUCGAGUGGCAUGAAUGCGGACGGUGGUCCUGCUAGUGCCGGCACGGCUCAGGAUAGGCUCAAAGCCAGGCUAUGGGGUGGUGGGAGAAGUCCUGCGCCUAGUCAAGUAGGAGCGCCAAAUGCCUACGAGACGGGUGGGAAUGCAGGCGCUGGGUGGGGUAACGGUGGAGGACAACAACAGCAAUAUGAUGGAGGUGGUGGAUCGAGUAAUCGGAGAUACGGCCGACAAUAA